GGCAGAUCUCGUGUACCCCUCUGCCGUUUCGCUGCCUUCGCCGACCCGAAGGGGCAGCUCGCCAGCUGAAAAUGUCGGAGCCUACGGUCGCUGAUACCCGCCGGUUAAACUCCAAACCUCAGGAUCUCACGGAUGCUUACGGGCCUCCCAGCAACUUCCUAGAAAUUGACGUUUACGACCCCCAGACCGUCGGGGUCGGGAGAAACCGAUUUACUACCUAUGAAGUGCGGAUGCGGACCAACCUCCCGAUCUUCAAGCUGAAGGAGUCUUGUGUGCGGAGAAGGUACAGCGACUUUGAGUGGUUAAAGAAUGAGCUGGAGCGAGACAGUAAGAUCGUCGUGCCUCCGUUGCCUGGGAAAGCCCUGAAGAGACAACUGCCCUUCCGGGGGGACGAGGGAAUUUUCGAAGAAUCCUUCAUCGAGGAGCGGCGGGCGGGUCUCGAGCAGUUCAUCAACAGGAUCGCAGGUCACCCGCUGGCUCAGAACGAGCGCUGCCUGCACAUGUUCCUUCAGGAGGAGAGCAUCGACAGGAACUACAUCCCCGGAAAACACCAGUGAUCCAGAGACGCUGAGCAAUCACACCAGGGCCUAGCAGUUCGUUUUAUUCUCUCUUCAUGAUUGAGCCCGUGCUGCCUCAACAACAGGUGAUCCAACAGGGUGCACUCAGCUGUUUUCCUUGUAUGUAUAUGUAUAUAAUGUAUAUAUCAAUACGUUUAGCAAAAUGCCGUUAAGGAGACCUCGACACGGCUGCGUGCCUAUAUCUGUCUGCUCCACUGAGGUCGGUAAGGAUACGUUUUUCUAAAACAUUAAAUCUUUAACGUGUCUGCUCACAGCUCAUGCUGCGUGUUAUUGCUGAGACAGCUGGCACCAACAGUUCAGACUUCCCCUGAAAACGUGUGCACAACCCCCCCACCCCCACCCCCACCCCCACCCCCCCUCUGCAGUACAAUGGUUUCUCCUGAUUGAAUCCCUUCUCUUGUUCUGUCAGCACCUUCUUUCUUGAAGAUGUUAGGUGUCCUGUUUGGGGGGUGACUGUUGGUGCACAUGCACAUUAAAAAAAAAAAGUCUUGAAUUCAGAGCAAGCAUGGGCUUUGAGAUCUAGUAAAUGCUCCACACAAGUUCGCUUUGAAAAUGUAUACAUUUUUAGUUAGUAGACUGUUUCCUUACUCUCCUUUACUAUAAGAGCUUCUUGUCAUGUUCUGGCCAAAAUACAAAACUGCUCAGCAGUUGAGAUGUGAUUGAUAUAACUGCAGUUCAAGCAGUAUUGGAAUCCCGGCACCGUUUAGAUGUUAAAUUCCACAAUUACGCAGCUAUUAAAACAUCUGCACUAAUAUGGGGGAGCUCUGGAGCGGUCCUCUUUCUCCUGCAUUUGAACUGAUAAGCACCUUUCCUUGUUGUUACUGUAGUGAACACAAAGAAAUUUCUCUGAGACACUGAAAAGACAGAUGUGCCUAUGUCAGUACAAGGACUCAAAUCUGUGUCUUUCUUGACAGUCAAGAUUUUUAGCUUCCCCGUAAGCCACACCAUUUGCUGUGUUUGAAAUAUUUACCUUUCCAGUUAUCUACUAAUUUUUCUUUGAAAAGUUGGCUACCUCAAGUAAGAGAAAAAGAACAAUCCUUCUGUGCCAGCCCAAACGUCCUAAAAAAAAAGACCCAUUUUGGGUUAACAUGUUUAACAGUUGUUAGGGAAUUUCAUAUCUGUCAGGGCUGGGAAAGACAUGCAGUGAUUUUACUGGUGCAAGAGGUUACUACUCUCCCAAUUCAUUACUGUAUGGCCCAAUCACUCUCGACAACUGUAGCGCUUAUAAAGAAAAAAAUGGGACAAGUCUUCCUUAACAUCCCACCCCAUUUUGUUUUAAUUCCCAAUAAUUUCAGCAGAGUAUGUUUUAUAUCCUGUUAUUGCAUUAUCCUUAUAUACACCUUUUAUUAUUUAGCCAUUUUUCAUGUAUGUAACUGCUGUGAAUUUUAGUCCUGGCUUUAAUUAAAAAAGCAUUGUCUCAGAUCUGCUGUCAAGAAAUGUAAUGUCAGAUAAUCAUGUUCAUAUUAAACCACUGUGAAAACCAA